AGGCCGGCGGCCGGCAGGCGCGCGCGCGCGCUGCAGCCGCCGGAAGUGUAAAGAUGGCGGAGAAGGCCCAGAAUAGUGUGAAGAUCGCCCCGGGAGCAGUGGUGUGUGUGGAAAGCGAGAUCAAGGGAGACGUGACAAUAGGGCCCAGGACCGUGAUCCACCCCAAAGCACGCAUCCUUGCCGAAGCUGGCCCGAUAGUCAUCGGAGAAGGGAACCUCAUAGAAGAGCAGGUUCUCAUCAUCAACGGCCAUCCUGAAAACAUCACCCCCGACGCCGAAGAUGUGGAACCCAAAACCAUGGUUAUCGGCACCAACAAUGUGUUCGAAGUCGGGUGCUAUUCACAAGCAAUGAAAAUGGGCGACAACAAUGUCAUUGAAUCAAAAGCGUACGUGGGCCGGAACGUGAUCCUCAGUAAUGGGUGCAUCAUCGGGGCAUGCUGCAGCCUGAACACCUUUGAGGUCGUCCCCGAGAACACCGUGAUCUACGGCACGGACUGUCUGCGGAGGGUGCAGACCGAGCGCCCCCAGCCCCAAACACUGCAACUAGAUUUCCUGAUGAAAAUCCUCCCCAACUACCACCACCUCAAGAAGACCACAAAAGGAGGCUCCACUCCCGUCAAGAAUUGACGGCUAUGGGCUGUUUGACAGCACCGUCUCUUUAAGGUGCCUCUGGCCCGCCCGAGGACUGCCCUGAAGAAGGUGAGCGAGCAGGGGCGUGCUUGGUAUGCUGCUGUUUUGUGUGUCUCGUGUUUUGCGUGAAGUGUGUUUUCCAGAUUCCCUUUCCACUGGGAUCUUUGUUUCCUUGCCGCUUUAAUGAUAGCAUUCCACAGUAUUGUGUUUUGUUUUGUAAGAGACUUUUGACCACCAAUUUCACUUGUGAAAUAGAGAUGAUUGAAUUUGCCAGUAAAGAUGCUAACACAACACAA